AUGAGCCGUGAGAACUUGGACCGCAUGUCUCUGACCGACUCCAAGGGUAAUUAUGGCAGCAGGACGCGAAAUUCGAACGAGACGACGGGCCAGAUCGUGAUGCCACAGGUGGUGAAAACGGGCUCUGAGGACUCGUCCGACACGCUGCUGAAGGUGCUGGCGGACGAGGACGACCACGAGAUCCAGUACAAAACGUGCUCGUGGGUGCACACCACGGGUCUGCUGCUGUCCGAAUACAUCGUGCUGGCGAUCAUGUCGUUCCCGUGGUCGUACUCGGUUCUGGGCAUCGUGCCCGGCAUCAUCCUGACGCUGUUUGUGGCGUCCACAGUGCUGUACACGGGUUUGACAAUCAUCGACUACUGCGAAAAAUUCCCACAUUUGAAAAGCGUGUGCGACAUCGGCCAACACCUGUUCUGGGGCCAGAGAUGGGCCUGGUACGCCACGCUGGUGUGUUUCCUGGCCAACAACACUCUUAUCCAGGGUCUCCACGUCUUGGUCGGAGCCAAGUACCUGAACACGGUGACAAACCAUUCUCUGUGUACCGUUGACUUCGGGGUGAUCGUGGCCUGCAUAUCGUUUGUGUUUUCGGUGCCAAGAACGUUUUCGUCUCUGUCGAAAGUGGCCUACUUUUCCGCUUGCACCAUGUUUAUUGCCGUGGUUUUGGCUAUGAUUUUUGCAGGUGUUCAAGAUCAUCCAGCUGGCUACGACGGAACCCCGGUGACGUUCCGUGCCUUUCCCGAAAAGGGCACAACCUUUGUCCAAGGAAUGGGCGCUUUUUUGAACAUUGUGUACACUUUUGUGGGUCAGAUCACCUAUCCACAGUUUAUUUCUGAAAUGAAAAGACCCGGAGAGUUUAGAAAAGUCCUUUACAUUGUAACUCUGUGCGAAGUCAUUAUCUUCACACUUGCGGGCGUAAUCAUCUACGUCUACGUCGGGAACGAAUACGUGACUGCGCCUGCGUUUGGAUCCCUUACAAGAACAUUCAAGAUUAUUUCCUUUUCUUUUGCGGUACCAACCUUAAUUUUUGCGGGAUCAUUGUAUUCCAAUGUCUCGGGUCGUCUCCUGUUCUUCACGUUUUUUAAGCGUUCCAAGCAUUUGUACUCCCAUACUACUGUUGGCUGGGUGGCAUGGGUUGCGAUCCUUCUUGUUACUUGGAUUUGCGCCUUCAUCAUAGCAGAGGUUGUGCCUUUUUUCUCAGAUCUGCUGUCCUUAAUGUCUUCAUUGUUUGAUUGCUGGUUCGGAUUUGUUUUCUGGGGCAUGGCUUACUUCAAGCUCAAGGAGGAGAAAUACCACACCCCCAAAUUUUACAAGCAGUUGAGCCCCUCUGAAAAGUUUCACUACUAUAUUUCCAUUUUCCUAAUCUUAACGGGUCUUUACAUCUUAGGACCAGGGCUUUACGCAGCGAUUGACAGUAUUAUUUUAAACUAUCAAGAUGAUGCUUACGGAACAGUUUUCAGCUGUGCGUCCAAUGGAAGUUGA